CGGGCCAUGGCGCUGCUGCGGGACGUGUCGCUGCAGGAUCCGCGGGACCGCUUCGAGCUGCUGCAGCGCGUGGGGGCCGGGACCUAUGGCGACGUCUACAAGGCCCGCGACACGGUCACGUCCGAACUGGCCGCCGUGAAGAUAGUGAAGAUGGACCCAGGAGACGACAUCAGCUCUCUCCAGCAGGAAAUCACCAUCCUGCGGGAGUGCCGCCACCCCAACGUGGUGGCCUACAUCGGCAGCUACCUCAGGAAUGACCGCCUGUGGAUCUGCAUGGAGUUCUGUGGCGGGGGGUCCCUGCAGGAGAUUUACCACGCCACCGGGCCCCUGGAGGAGCGGCAGAUAGCCUACGUCUGUCGGGAGGCACUGAAGGGGCUGCAUCACUUGCAUUCUCAAGGGAAGAUACACAGAGACAUCAAGGGCGCCAACCUGCUGCUCACGCUCCAGGGAGACGUCAAGCUGGCUGACUUUGGGGUGUCAGGCGAGCUCACGGCGUCCGUGGCCAAGAGGAGAUCUUUCAUCGGGACCCCGUACUGGAUGGCUCCGGAGGUGGCUGCCGUGGAGCGCAAAGGCGGCUACAAUGAGCUGUGCGACGUCUGGGCCCUGGGCAUCACGGCCAUCGAGCUGGGCGAGCUGCAGCCACCCCUGUUCCACCUGCACCCCAUGAGGGCCCUCAUGCUCAUGUCGAAGAGCAGCUUCCAGCCGCCCAAGCUGAGAGACAAGGCUCGCUGGACCCAGAAUUUUCACCACUUCCUCAAGCUGGCCCUGACCAAGAACCCCAAGAAGAGGCCCACGGCAGAAAAGCUGCUGCAGCACCCGUUCACUGCCCAGCAGCUCCCUCGGGCCCUGCUCACACAGCUCCUGGACAAGGCCAGUGACCCCCACCUGGGAACCCCCUCCCCCGAAGACUGCGAGCUGGAGACCUACGACAUGUUCCCAGACACCAUCCACUCCCGGGGGCAGCACGGCCCAGCCGAGAGGACUCCGUCCGAGAUCCAGUUCCACCAGGUGAAAUUCGGCGCCCCGCUCAGGAAGGAAACGGACCCACUGAACGAGCCGUGGGAGGAAGAGUGGACACUACUGGGCAAGGAGGAGCUCAGUGGGAGCCUGCUGCAGUCGGUCCAGGAGGCCUUGGAGGAAAGGAGCCUGACCAUCCGGCCAGCCGAGGGCCUGCAGGAGCUGGACUCCCCGGAUGAUGCCACAGGGACCAUCAAGCGGGCCCCCUUCUCGGGGCCGCCCCCUGCCCAGCCAGAGGCUGAGGACCCUCCUACCAGCCUCUCGGGAACCCUGCCCCUGUCGCCAGCAGCCCCUGACAGCCCCCCGCUGCUGCCUGCCGCCUGGUCCACCAUAAAGCAGAGAGAGGACCCCGAGAGGUCAUCCUGCCACGGGCUCCCCCCGACCCCCAAAGUACACAUGGGCGCCUGCUUCUCCAAGGUGUUCAACGGCUGCCCGCUGCGCAUCCAUGCCGCCGUCACCUGGGUCCACCCUGUGACUCGGGACCAGUUCCUGGUGGUGGGAGCCGAGGAGGGCGUCUACACCCUCAACCUCCACGAGCUGCACGAGGACACACUGGAGAAGCUGAUUUCACACCGCUGCUCCUGGCUCUACUGUGUGAACAACGUGCUGCUGUCGCUCUCAGGGAAAUCCACGCACAUCUGGGCCCACGACCUCCCCGGCCUGUUUGAGCAGCGCAGGCUCCAGCGGCAGGUUCCUCUCUCCAUCCCCACCAACCGCCUCACCCAGCGCAUCAUCCCCAGGCGCUUCGCCCUGUCCACCAAGAUCCCUGACACCAAAGGCUGCCUCCAGUGUCGCGUGGUGCGGAACCCCUACACGGGCAGCACCUUCCUGCUGGCCGCCCUGCCCGCCAGCCUGCUGCUGCUGCAGUGGUACGAGCCCCUGCAGAAGUUCCUGCUGCUCAAGAACUUCUCCAGCCCCUUGCCCAGCCCGGUUGGGAUGUUGGAGCCACUGGUGCUGGAUGGGAAGGAGCUGCCGCAGGUGUGCGUGGGGGCCGAGGGCCCGGAGGGGCCGGGCUGCCGCGUCCUCUUCCACGUCCUGCCCCUGGAGGCCGGCCUGACGCCCGACAUCCUCACCCCGCCAGAGGGGAUCCCAGGCUCGGCCCAGCAAGUGAUCCAGGUGGACAGGGACACGGUCCUGGUCACCUUUGAACGCUGCGUGAGGAUCGUCAACCUGCAGGGCGAGCCCACGGCCACACUGGCCCCCGAGCUGACCUUCGACUUCCCCAUCGAGACUGUGGUGUGCCUGCAGGACAGCGUGCUGGCCUUUUGGAGCCACGGCCUGCAGGGCCGCAGCCUGGACACCAACGAGGUGACCCAGGAGAUCACGGACGAGACGAGGAUCUUCCGAGUGCUCGGGGCCCACAGAGACAUCGUCCUGGAGAGCAUCCCCACCGACAACCCGGGCGCACACAGCAACCUCUACAUCCUCACCGGCCACCAGAGCACUUACUGAGCGGCCCCCAGCCCCCUCCCAUGCCACGGGAGCCACACGUGGGGGCGGCUGUGGAGCGGGGAGCCCCCGAGCCCACCCACACCUCAGCAAUAACUGGACCACAGGGAACCGCUUUCGCCCCCUCGUCCCCACGGCAGCCCAGUCCCUUGCGCCCUGCACCAGGGGGGCGGGGGUGGCCUGGCCCACCCAUUCCGUUUUAUUCUGUUUCCUUUCCACUCGUCCUGCCGAGAGUCUACCCCUCGCUCCGUCCUGGGACAGGGAUCUGCCAUUAAAGCUGGUUUGUCUUAUUCCGCUGGUCCCUCUGGGCUGGGGGGAGGGGGGAGGGUGAGCCCCAUCAUCCCCCCCAGCACCCCUUGCGUGGGCAGCUGGUUGGUGGUGCGCUUACACGUGGGAGGGCGGGGAGCCCCGCUCAGAAUCAGCCCGCAGCCUGGCCGCUGGGGGCCGCCGUGGUAGCUUAGCACGUGGAGGGCUCAGGCGGAGUGGGGGUGGGCACUGAGCGGAGGGGCUCACCUCGGGGCAGACCUGCUCCCAGUAGAUCUCAGCUGGUAGCCCCUGGAAGGGCUGAGAAGGGGCCCCCCGGGGGGGGGAGGUGCUGUGCCAUCCAGCCCUUGGGACAGCGCCUGCCGUGGUGAGGGGCCUCACCGAGACCUGGGGCUCACUCCCGACUCCCGGCCAUGGCGUCGGUAUCUGAGGGACCACGGCGGGAAGAGUCGCCUGUGUCUGUCUGACAGACACGAGGGGGCUUCAGAAAGUUUGCAAAGGACGAAAUUAAACGUUUAUUUUGUGCAAAACAAA